GUUACAACAUUUAAUCUGAUUAAACCUAAAGACCAAAUACCUCCUGCUACUAAUAAUUCAAAUAAUGCAAAUAAUAAUUCAAAUAAUACAAAUACUGGUAUUAGUUCAAAUGUUGCAUUGUUUAUUGAAAUUGGAGUUGGCCUUGAAAUAGCCUUAUCAGAAUUUUUUGGAUAUUUAUUAUAUAAAAGAUGUAAUCAAAAUCCAAAAUUUAUUCCAAUACCCAGUAGUACACAUUGGCAGUGA